AUGCCUCAGCUUCUACAAAGUGUCAUUUGUGUAAUGGAGGCUUUCCAAAAGUAUGCAAAAGAGGAGGGUGAUUGCUGGACACUAAACUCGGGACAGCUAAAGCGGCUCCUCCUGGGCGAAAUUGGCGAAUUUCUGAGGCCAUUUGAUAUCCUUACUGCAGGAACCAGCUUGCAUCUUCUGGAUAGAGAUGGUGAUGGAUCUGUCAGCUUCGAUGAAUUCAUCCUCCUGAUCUUUGACCUGUUGAAUAUAUGUUACCAGGACAUACACUCUUUUCUAAAUCAGGAACCCAAAUCAAAAUCCAAUGCAGAGGAAAAGUUGUCAGGGGACACAGAAGCAUGUGAGACCAGUGAGGAUUACCAAAAAGUGGCAGGACCAGAUCAGUAUGAGCAGAGACCGACAGGAACUGAAUCCCCAUCUCUGGUCAACCCCAUAGAAAAAGUAUCUGACACACCGAACAAGGAAGACCCUCAGGAAGACCGUGAGUCUCCCAAAUUACUGGGAAAAGAAGUUGAACACAACCACCCUAAGAGUCAGUACUAUGGUGAAGGAGCUAAACAAAGCCAAAAAAGAUCUCAAUAUAUCCAGGCAACAGGAGGUGAUGGAAUCCCACCUGAAGAAAAAAAACCACCAAAGGAAUUUGUGAAGAGAGCCUGUUCUCAAAAGGAUGAGAAAAUUGUAAGUGAGGGACAUGAAGUGCCCAAAGAACAAGGUGAUAGAGACACCAGAGAUCACCCACUGGAACAGGAAAAGGAACAAAACACUGAGAUUCAGAGUGUACACACAGAAGAACCAGCACAAAGAACAUCUGAGAUUCAGGAAGGGACCAUUGUAAAGGAUGCUGGGGAACACACUGAUAUACAAGAACUAGCAUCCCAAGAGGACCAUGACAGAAAAUUAGGGACCACUGACCUGCCAGCAGAGAAAGCUGAGGAAAAACUAUCUGAAACUGAAAGAUUACCAGAACAUAGGGAUGAUGAUGGAACUUCAGAUAUCCAAGAACCACUUCAGAUACCUUCAGAAAAACAAGAACAAGGAAGAGAAUAUGAAACUACAAAAAUACCAGCCAAAGGCAACGGCAAUAGGGUCCCAUUGGCAGAAGUAUUUAUAGAUGAAAGGAAGGAGAAAAAAAAACCUGAAACCUUGGACACAGUUGGAAAAAAAGAUAGUGAAAAAAACAAUCAGAUGGAAACUCUCACAGAACAAGAGGCUGAUGGAAAGGAAAAGCAGCCUGAAGGACUAGCAGAAAAGGGAGAAAUUAGGAAAGACUCAGGAAUUCCAGACUUCAAAUCAGGAGACGAUCAGAACCACUAUGAACACAAAGGACCAGCAGCCCCAGAGGAGAUCAAAGUUUCUGAAACAAGUGAGUCAGAAUUCCAAGGAUAUAAGAUACCAGAAACAAGAGACAGGGUACAAGUCUCAGGAUCACAGAACGACCAGUCUAAAGGAAAAAAUGAGGGAAUCAUUCAGAUUCUGGACCAACCAAUUGAACAAUAUGAUGGACACCAGGUGGAAAAUCAGGAUGAUGGGACACUCUCUAAAACAUACAGUAAUCCAGAAGAUGGUGAGAGUGGCUCAGAGACAAGAGACCUGCCUGCACAAAAGAAUUCCCAGAGUCAAGUGGGUGCCCAGGAACAGCCUGACCAAGGAGAUUGCAAGAAUUAUCUAGGUACCCAAGAAUCCCUAGUACCAGGUGACAAAAGUAGAACCCCAGAGAUAGAGGUGCUAAUAGAUAAAGACAAUGAGAAUAUUACAGAGGAACAAGAAAAGCUGGCCAAAGAAAAGGAGAAGUCACCAGAGACUAAAAUAGCAGACAGAACUGAGGAGCCUGAGAGUCAGCCAGAGUCUCAGGAAUACAUGAAACAAAAGGUUACAGCAACAUCCCCAAAGACAGAAAUCAAAAGUCUCACAGAUGACACUGAUGAGCAGCUUUCCAUCGGACAACCAACAGAGAAAGAAGACCAUAGGAAAGGUCCAGAAGCCCAUGGCCCAGAAGCAGAAGAAGGGAAAGGGGAAGAAUCUGAAAGCCAGGAGGCCCCAUUAGAAGGUCAGGGCCCAGAAACACAAGGUCUUGCUCUAGAUGCAAGACCUGACACCUUGAAUCCAAUAACAAGGGAAGAUAAGAGCCCCCAGGAGCUAGCAGGAGAAGGGAGCGAACUAAAAUAUGCAGUGAAUAAAGAGGAUGACUCUUCAUCAGAGCUUUCAGAGUUGAUUAAGAAACCCAGAGACACAAAGCUUGAUUCAUCCUCAGGAGAUGAGAUACAGUCCAACCCAAUACAUGAAAAUUUGCAGAAGAUGCCUGAGCAGCCUGACCUCCUAGCCACAGAAGAGCACUUAGAUCAAACUGAUACAUCUCAGACAUCUAGCCCUGAGAAGAGUGAAUCUUCUGACUGCCCAGCCCUCCUUGAUCCACUAUGUGACUACACACAAGAACCAAGGCAACAAGCAGGGGACCCUGAGUCUGAUGAAGAAUGUGGCAACCAGCAAGAAAUCCUAGCCUGUCAGUCACAGGAAGAUAUAUAUGGCCAGUAUCAGCAAGAAGACCAACAACAACUAAGGGAUUAUACCUCCAGAAAAUACUGA